AACCCAUUCCCAUGUGAGGACCCGGGAAAUUGAAAAGAAAGCAUUAUCGCAGAAAUUUUUGCUUUCUAAAAACAGAUUGCAUUUCGGAGAUUUCUACCAUUUUAAAAAUAAUUUGGCGAUUGUGAUUGACGGAGAGUGGGUGACUUUGUAACUGUAUUUUCCGCGACAGACAGAGGAAGUGGGGUGACGUGUGGAGCUGUGAGUGAGCGCAAGGGGCAGGUGUCCUCGAGCGGGGGUCAGUUGUCAUAAAGCCUCGCUUCUUGCAUCGCUGCUUCAUCUUUAAGUCUUGUCUCGAGGUGAGUAGGUUGUGAUUUUUUCUGGGUGUGAUUGUAGUGGUGUGACUUGCCUUUCGUGAAGCGGACUGGUGUUCGAACUUGGGAACUGUUUCUGGUUCUCUUCAAAGGUGGGAGUCGUGGGUUUGAUUUGAUUUCAAGGAAGAAACCUUUCCAGAGUCUUCUUGUUCUUCUUGUUGGUGGCGGUGGUGGGCCGGUGGGUGGUGUGAUUCGGCGGCGGCGGCGGUGUUUUUCUGUUGAUUGGUGGGUUGUUUGAUCUGGGGUUUGGUGAAAAUGAGUGGAGCUGUGCUUGUGGCGAUUGCUGCUGCUGUGGGAAACUUGUUGCAAGGAUGGGAUAACGCUACGAUUGCUGGGGCUGUUCUAUACAUCAAGAAGGAAUUCAACUUGCAAGGUGAACCCACUGUAGAGGGUCUAAUUGUGGCCAUGUCUCUCAUCGGAGCCACGUUCAUCACUACUAUCUCUGGAGCAGUAUCUGAUUGGCUUGGGCGCCGCCCUAUGUUGAUAAUCUCAUCCCUAUUUUAUUUUGUCAGUGGCCUUGUGAUGCUGUGGUCUCCCAAUGUUUAUGUGCUGCUGUUGGCAAGGCUUCUGGAUGGAUUUGGGGUUGGGCUGUCAGUUACUAUUGUUCCGGUCUAUAUAUCUGAGACUGCACCCUCUGAAAUAAGGGGAUUGUUGAAUACCCUCCCUCAGUUCACUGGUUCUGUUGGAAUGUUUUUGUCUUACUGCAUGGUUUUUGGGAUGUCACUGAUGAAUUCACCAAGCUGGAGGUUAAUGCUUGGGGUUCUUUUUAUUCCUUCCCUCGUAUAUUUGGCAUUAACGGUAUUUUUGUUGCCUGAGUCUCCUCGGUGGCUAGUCAGUAAAGGGCGUAUGCUCGAGGCGAAGCAUGUAUUGCAGAGACUACGCGGCAGGGAGGAUGUCUCUGGUGAGAUGGCUUUGCUGGUCGAAGGUCUUGGAGUCGGUAGUAAAGCAUCUAUAGAGGAGUACAUAAUUGGCCCUGAUGAUCUCACAGAUGACCAGGAUCCAGCUGCUAUGAAUGAUAGAAUCAGAUUAUAUGGGCCUCAAGAAGGUCUCUCCUGGAUUGCUAAACCUGUUACUGGCCAGAGUUCUCUUGGCCUUGUGUCUCGCUGUGGAAGCAUGGAAAACAAGCCAGUGCCACUUAUGGACCCUCUUGUGACCCUCUUUGGCAGUGUUCACGAGAAGCUUCCUGAGACAGGAAGCAUGCGAAGCGUGAUCUUUCCAAACUUUAGCAGCAUGUUCAGCAUAUCAGGCAAUCAACCUAAAAAUGAAGAAUCGGAUGAAGAGAGCCUUGCCAGAGAUGGUGAAGAUUAUCCAUCUGAUGCUGCUGGUGGUGAUUCUGACGACAACUUGCAAAGUCCAUUAAUCUCGCGUCAAAAUACGAGUUUAGAAAAAGACUUGAUGCCUGCUCCAACACAGAGCAGCAAUUUAAGCAUGAGACACAGCAGUCUAAUGCGAGCAGAUGGUGGAGAGCAAGUCAGUAGUAGCAUGGGAAUUGGUGGCGGGUGGCAGCUGGCAUGGAAAUGGUCAGAAAAAGAAGGUCAAGAUGGAAAGAAGGAAGGAGGUUUUAAAAGAAUUUAUUUGCACCAGGACAGCAUCCCUCGAUCUCAACGCGGAUCUUUAGUUUCUGUUCCAGGUGGUGAGGUCCCUGUUGAUGGUGAGAUGACCUGCGCUGCUGCUUUGGUAAGUCAACCUGCUCUUUAUUCCAAGGAGCUUAUGGAUCAGAAUCCAGUUGGACCAGCUAUGGUUCAUCCUUCUGAAACUGCUAUAAAAGGGCCAAGUUGGAGAGAUCUUUUUAAACCAGGAGUCAAGCAUGCACUAGUUGUUGGGGUGGGGAUUCAGAUACUUCAGCAGUUCUCUGGCAUAAAUGGGGUUCUGUACUACACUCCUCAAAUUCUUGAGCAGGCAGGUGUUGGAGUUAUUCUUUCAAACAUAGGCAUUAGUUCAGCCUCUACAUCUCUGCUUAUCAGUGCAAUCACAACCUUGUUGAUGCUUCCUUGCAUAGCUGUUGCCAUGAGGCUCAUGGAUAUUUCUGGUAGAAGGAGUCUGCUGCUCAGCACAAUCCCUGUCCUGAUAAUAGCCCUUUCCAUUCUUGUCCUUGGAAGUUUAGUAAAUAUGGGUGAUGUUGUGCAUGCUGCAAUCUCGACUGCUAGUGUCAUCAUCUACUUCUGUUGCUUUGUCAUGGGAUUUGGGCCAGUCCCAAACAUACUCUGUGCGGAGAUCUUUCCCACCCGUGUCCGAGGCCUAUGCAUUGCCAUUUGUGCACUCUCAUUUUGGAUUGGUGACAUCAUUGUAACCUACACACUGCCAUUGAUGCUCACCUCUGUUGGCCUUGCUGGUGUCUUUGGCAUGUACGCCGUUGUGUGCCUCAUCUCAUGGGUGUUCGUCUUCUUGAAAGUCCCAGAAACCAAAGGCAUGCCCCUUGAAGUUAUCUCUGAGUUCUUUGCUGUUGGUGCAAGUGCUGGACAGAAGAAGAACUGACUAGUCCAUCGACAGAUCGAAAGUUUUGGCGGGUGUUUCAACUUUUCGAUUCAGAUGCUCCUUUUUUUCUCCUUUAAGAUGUUUGAUUCAUUUAGAAAGAAUUCCCCUCCCUUGUUUUGUUUGUCCAUUACAUGAUUUCCUGACUUUUUUAAGUCUUGUGGUUGUGUUGCUUCAGAGAAGGAUCUAUGAAGUUGAUUUCCCUUUCUACAGCUGUACAGUGUUUGUUUUCUAAACUGAGUAAUAGAAAAGGGUUGAAUUACCAA